AAAUAUUGUAUUUUUCAAGUCAGGAGGAUAUGAACAUUAAUUUUAGAGGAAGAAGAAGCUCUGCGUAAAAGAGAGAAGGUGGGGAAGCUAUGAGUGGUUUGGCUUGUCCAUGGCUUUGUGGAGCCUAUUCCUAUCCCUCUGGAUUCUUCAAAUUCCCAUCUUCCAACACUAGCACCUGCUCCUCUGUUCCUGCCUUUAUCAUACAUUGCAGUAAUUCUCAAUUUACACCUCAAAGCCCGGGCCCGGGGUCUUCGCAAAAUGACCUCAAAUUUGUGCUUCACGAUGCUCUGGACGCGUUUGGUGUCAAUACAACCCAUGCCCGUAUAUCAAGAGAAGGUUUCUGCUCUCAAAUUCGAAAACUAUCGGAUAUAGAGAGAGGAACCAGUAUUUGCAUAAACAGAGGGGUUGAUUUAGGGCAAGCCGCUCUUCAUAUAGCGGCGGAAGAUGAUUCCCUCAUUUCACACUCCUCUGUCCCACUCCCUGUCGCUGAUUUCCUUGAGAGAUUGGAUCAUCUUUCUAUGGAAUACUGCUCGCACUAUAGCUCUUCCUUUAAAUCCUCUCCAGAACACUUUAUUCACUGUUUAGAAACGUACUUGUACGUUAAUAAGGGUUUCCGAAGGACUGGUGAGAGGAAUCAAUCAGAGCCCCGGGCUCUUUAUCUUCACCCAGUUUUAACACAUCGCUUCGGUUCUGCUUCACUACUUUCCCUUAUAUACUCAGAGAUAUUGAAGAUGCUUCGCCUGUGGGGCCUUUUAAGUUUUGAUAUUGAGGUUUUUUUCCCUCAUGAUUCUUUUAGCUCUCCUCGAGGCUACUGCAAACAAAAAAUGAAAGAGUCUGAUCAAUCACAUGUCAUGACUACGCAGUCGUUGCUAGUGGAGAUGCUAAAAGAUUUGAAGGAUGCUUUCUGGCCAUUUCAGCUCGAUCAUACUAAGAGUCCUUUCCUGAGAGCAGCACGAGCUGCCAACUGUUCUGAAAGUGCCAAUGAUUCUGAAGAAAGUGCAUUCGAGCUUGCAUCUAUCAAGGCUUCUCUGCAUAGGCUACAGCGUGGUGUUUGGACCAGUGUUCGAUUUGGGGACAUGAGACGUGCACUCUCUGCAUGUGAACAUCUUAUCCUCUUGCAAACCGAUCCUACGGAAUUGAGGGAUUAUGGUGUUCUGCUCUACCAUUGUGGAUUUUAUAAGGAAGCACUCCAGUACCUUACAUUAUACCAGGAUAGGAAGAAGGAAUCGUUUGGUUUGAUUGAUAAUGUGGAGGAGGAAGAAGCUUUGGAGAAAUUAAUUAUUCGUCUUAACCUCAUCUUGAUGGAGGAAGGUUGGUCUCCCCCCUCAGAUAACAGAAGUUUCCUGCGCAACAACUCUGAGCCCUGGUAAUGCUUGUAACAUCGCGUUCAAUAAGCAGGUUCAGGUGUACUUGAAGUGUGGACAAGUGAAACUUGUGGAAUCUGCCCUCCUAAGGAUCUAAAGAUAGAACCGAUCCUCUGUAGAAAACUGUAUACCAGGAAGUAAUGUAUCUUAGAAUAGGUUAAAUGUAACAAAAAAUCCAUAGUCAUGUGUAUAUAGGAGAAUGCUAUUGUCCCUUAACCCAUAAAAAUACGCUUAACAAUUCCAAUUAACCAAUGAAAGAAUAGAAUGCUUCAUGGAAUAAUAUGUUUGUGAUGACUGAUGACAAAUAUCAAGCAGAAACUUUUCUUGCUAA